GAGAAGAAGCCUGCACGGAUGAAGCGUGUUUAGUCAACCUGGUGGCGCUGGACAACCAACUGUCGGCGGCGGAGAAACUGUUAGCCGACUUCGAGGAACUCACGAUUUCGGUGUAGCGAAUCUACAGUGCUGUUGGUCGUGUUGUUCCACAUACAACUGUGGAUUGUUUGUCGUGCGUUCAUUAUACCAGAAUCGCGAAGAAAAUCUCAAUACGUGGUUAGUGCGUAACUUUCUAGUAGAAAAAAAAUUCAUUUGAAAACGCGAUGGUCAGCAAGGAUUCGAAAAUGGUCACCCCGGAGAUGGCAAAUCCCUAUCUGAAACCGCCGAGCAUGUCAACCAGCCAGUCAUUAAAAACCUUUAUUUACAACCGUGAGACCGGUGCCUUUUUCGGCAGAACAGCCAGUAGCUGGGGUAAAAUAGGAUUAUUCUAUUUGACAUUCUACGGAGUACUGGCUGCAUUGGUUGCAAUUUGCUUCUGGGGUUUCUUUCAAACGCUAGAUCCAAGGAUACCGAGGUGGCAAUUAGAACGUUCAAUAAUCGGAACAAAUCCUGGAUUAGGAUUUAGACCACAGCCACCGCUUGAAAAUGUAGAAAGUACCUUAAUUUGGUACAGAGGAACCGAUAGCGAGAACUUUAAAUUCUGGGUUGAUUCUCUAGAAUCGUUUCUGAAAGAUUACAUAACGCCAGGUUCAGUUCCCGGUCUUGGUGCGAAUAUUAAUAAAUGUGAUUACAAUCAACCGCCACCUCCUGGUAAAGUCUGUGAUGUUGACGUUAAAAAUUGGUAUCCUUGCACGAAAGAAAACAAGUAUAAUUAUCAUAAAUCUGCACCAUGUAUAUUCUUAAAGCUUAAUAAGAUAUACGCUUGGAGACCGGAAUUCUACAAUGAUACCAAUUCGUUACCACAGAACAUGCCUGUCGAUCUCAGAGAGCAUAUCACCGGAUUGAAGAAUACUCGUCACCUUGACACGAUUUGGGUAUCUUGCGAAGGAGAGAAUCCUGCAGAUCAAGAAAAUAUAGGACCAAUUGAGUAUAUCCCACGAAGAGGAUUUCCCGGUUACUUUUAUCCUUUCGAAAAUUCAGAGGGUUACCUCAGUCCGCUGGUAGCUAUACACUUCGUCCGACCUCGCACUGGGAUUUUAAUAAACGUAGAGUGCAAGGCGUGGGCGAAAAACAUAAAACACAGCCGUCACGACAAAAUAGGUGUGGUCCAUUUCGAAAUGAUGAUAGAUUAAUGUCCCCUAAGUACAUCUCUCUGGUCUCUCCUUUGUUAGCGUAUAGAAAUGCAAUGUGAAUCUCAUGUUUUUUUUAUUCUUCCACAUAGCUGAACAUUUUUCAAACGACUCUAGAAGCCGUCAGAAAUCGAUGACCGCUGCCAAAGUGUGGAAGAAACUUUCGUCAAGUACAAAGUUGAAAGGACUUUUGAUGUUUGCACUAUCGAAAGUCUAAUUUCUAUUCAAUUUCUA